UUAUUCACCAACAACUUCAGUUACAUAUUUGUAUUUUGCAUUUGCAUUUGCAUUGUUUCAAAUUUAUUGAUGGGCGAGUAUAUUAAACUCAACGCAAUUUAGUUUGGUUUUUCACAAUAUCGGUAUCAGCUUAGUUAGCAAUAUCUCUAUGAAAUAAACACAUGUCGAAUGACUACAGUAUAGGUAAUGCAUAUAUUAGUUGAUUGUAUUGAUAGUAGGUAUUUAGUUUCGUAUAUAUGUAGUUUUCUUUAAGUAUAGUUAUAUAUUCUACUUGGUCAUCAUUGGUCUGUAUAAAUAGCAUAUAAGUAUGUUUGUGUUCUGGUUUCUCCCGGUUCUCACCCUAUAAACAUGGCAUGGCAUGACAUGAGUACAUAUGUAUGUAUGUUUGAGUAAAAAUGUGAUAAUCGUUAAAGGACUAUAGUACAUAUACGUGGUUAGUAGCGUGUUUUAUGCUAAUUAAUAUAUGCCCUGUUAUACAUAUUUUUCAAACACUGUUUUGACUAAUAUGCUCGCGCUAAACUAUAGGUUUUAUUUGCGGUCAUUCGAAUACGAACUUUUUGAAGAGAGAGUAUGUGUGUGCGGUUAUCUUAGCUAGCAAAUACAUACAGUAAACGUUUAGUAUAUCGAUUUAAGGAUAGUUUUGAAUAUUUGAAUACUGUGCACAAAACGCUUCGGUUAGUUGCAUUAGCAUUGUUUGUUUGUUUGACCCCAUACCAGCUUUUUUUUUUUGAAUUGUUAGUUACGUAACACUUAUGCAACAUUUGAACAUAGUUAGGCAACAAUAACGACUUGAUUACGCAUAAUAUAUAUGUAUUGAGAGUAUGCUGAACUAUUCAGUUAGAAGCUAUAUUGUCUAAUUCACACGUUUAUAUUGAAUGCUGGGCCCCCAGAAGGGGGGCUAAAGCAUAAACUUACACAACAACUUUAUGAAAACCGAACAAAACCAUUUGCUAAAUAUCGUAUAUGUACGUUGGAUUUGCAUACCCUGUACAAUGUCUAUUUUCUUAGGUUGUCGUAAUAUGCAAUCAUUGAAGAGUGUACCUUAGUUGUUAAACGCGUGUUGCAUGAUUGAAUUCGGCAAUUCUUCAAAGCGUGAAAAGUCAUAACGAACACAGCGUAGAAUUUCUGGUGUGCUAUGAAUGGAUCUAGGGUAUUAUUAUAGUUGAGUAAUUCAUCUUUCACAACAAUAGAACAACGAUGAUAAUCAGCAAGUAUUUCAGCUAUUCGUAUAUACAGUUUGUCAAUAUAACCUCAUUGUAUACCUGCGAUUAACUACAUUUUGUCGGCUUUCUUGAACCAUUUUCGACCAUUACAGAGCUAUAGUUUACUUUACAAUAACUUCGAUUAGAAUUGCUCGGGCUAUAUGCGUUCAAAAUAAUGAUUUUCGUGGCCCAAUAAAGCGUGGCAUUAGUUUUAAAGAGGAUUUUACAUGGUGAUCACAACGCUUAAGGACACUUGCAGCCAUUCAAGUGCCUUGCGGCAAUAUCCUUACGAUCCAAUACGAUCUGUUGAAGUGAUGAAACAAAGUCGGUAAUACUUAUGGGCUAAGAUCCUAAACAUUGGGUGGGAAGAAUUGAAGUUAUAAUCAGUGUACUAUGUCUAAAUUUUGUAGAACACCCAAUUUAGCGACUUUAUUUCUCACUAGAUAAGUGCAAACUAAAAUAUAAACUAAGAAUUCUAUUCAAAAUUGUGAACGCUUAUAUACCCUAUAUAUAUUUUCAGUUUCUAUGGAAUGAUGUUCAUAUUCCACGUGCCAUUUGGCACCAAAAGCCUAUCAAAUAUUCCCUUUUUUGUCAGAUAACUUGUGUGUGUGCUAAUGUGGGCAACAAUUUUACAAGAUUCAAUGAUUAUAUAGAUACUUUAUUUAACUUUAACAACUUGAAAUAUGAAAUUGAUUUACUUAAGGAAGGCGGGCCUCCGUUGUGGAGUAAUGCCCAUUAAUUCCGUCCAAUUUCUACGGCGUAUUGCCAAAAAGUUUUAAUGGAUUUCAGUAGCGAGAAUCAUAUAGACAGAACCGAAAACCAAAGUUACCUGGGUUUUCGGUUCUAAACCUACGAAAAAAAAUUAUUUAUUUGGACUCAUUUGAAUAUUUUCUAAAAAAAAAAUCCUAUUUAUAUGAUUGGCACGCUAAUUUCGAACUCGCAUACCUUGGAAAACUCAAAAUUAUCAGCUCCAAAUGAAUAGUAUACCGAAUCCUUCGCGCCGCCAGGCGAGUGACGUCUUCAUUGGAGACCCCUUCAAAAUUCACUCAUACAACUUUCGCUAUGCCGACAAGCCAUUUUAUCCGGUCCAGAACUAUCAAAGACCUACGCCACCGACUCCGCCGGCACUGGUGAAGAAGGCCUCCUUCCAGACCUUCUACCACAAUCCCAGAUUCAGCCAGGAUCCCGAGUACAUUCCGGCAAAAAAGAGUCCACAAACUAGCUCCUAUAGGCGUCGCCUUCUGCUGGAAUCUAUGGAUAUGCCCUUGGGAUCUACGGUGACAAAGCCGGAGAGACAGAGUGUACCGGUGGCUCCGCAGACGAGACGUUCACCCACUGCCACGGGUUCCCCGCUCCUCAGGACAUGCUGUCAAAGUGUGCGCUACGAGGCUAUGAGACGGGGUCCAAGCAACACGACUUUGCGCCAGAGUAGAACUAAUCUCCAACGAUCAGCUGGCGGCGGUGUGCCUCCUACUUCUACCACCACCUUCUCCAUGGACUCCAACGCCCAUCUGCAGAAUAGAAGAAGCGGCUGCGGGAUCAGCAUCGACAUCUGCAGUGUGGACUCGCAGUCUGAGGUGGACAACAAUGUAAGCAUUAAGAUCGCAACGGAUGCCUAUCUGCUGAACAAUACGGAUAAGGUGAGGAGCAAGUCCAAGCCGGUGCGCUGUACGCCCAGAUCCAGUGGCACCUUUGGCAUCGACAAGCGACUGUCCAAGUUCAGUGUGAGCGAGACGAAACCUCGGACGAGUGCGGAAUGGGAGCUCCGGCAGAUAGAGAAGGCACGGGAAGCGGAGCGCCAACGAGAACGGGAGCGGGAUCGACAGUUGUUGGAGGACCGACGCUUGGAGCAGGAGAGGGAGCUUCAGGAGGAGCGAGAGCGUGCCCGCCAGCGGGAGCGAGAUCGUGAGCAGCUCCGCCAGUUGGAGCGUCUGCGGGAUGAGGAGCGUCUCCUAGAGUUGGAAGUGGAGCGCGAGAGGCAGCGACUGCGGGAACUGGAACGGGAAACCCAGCGGCACAGAGAAUACGAGCGGCUGUGUGCCCUCCAGGAGCAGUUUCGUCGGGAGCAAAUGGAUCUACUAAGUCAAGAGCCCACACCUCCCCGACCGUCGGUUCCAAUGACCUCGCACUUGUACACAACCACAUCUGAUGAUCGUUUGCCCGGAAUGGCCUUUUGUGAUUUGUCAUCCCGAAGGACGCGGAGAUUGGUGAACUCGACCAGACCGAAAGAAAGACGAAAGACUAGAGUAAGUCAGGAUUCCAGAAGUGUCUCAUCCGCUACCCGUUCACUUACUCCCCCACCGAUCCUUACCCGGAAUAGCAGCUCCCCAUCACCCUCUUCAGCAGCUCCGCCUACACCCACCUCCCGUUCAUCCACUCCAAAUCGGAGGUCAAACCGCUGCUACAGACGUAGUUCAACCCCUGAUCCCAAUUCCCAACCUAGAACUACUCCAAACAUUCCAAGAGAUCUAGCUCGCAGUAGUUCGGGAACUUCGAAUGGCAAUGUCCAUGUCACAGUGACCACGACCGGGCGUCGGAGCAACUGCAGCAUGAGGCGUUCAUCCAAUGACCACGUUAGCGAGCAAAAGCAGCUAAAUGGAAACCAAACCUGCGUCGCCUGUCUGAAUAAUAUGCCCAUUAGGAUAACCACUUCUCGGUCCAGGGAUACGGAUCUAGCCUUCAGUCUGAACCAUGUGAGGAUGAGGGGAUCAUCACCAGCGCCCGCGGAAAGGAGCAGCAGUCAGGAAAGCCAAGAUUCCUGUCAGGUUAACAUUAGCGUGUAUGCGGAUAAACUGCGUUUGAUGCGUUUAUAAUAAUAUAAGGGAAAAGUGGGGGAUUAUAUGUGCGAUUUUUGGAACAGAUCAUCUCUAGAAUAUAGAGUUAAGCUGUCCCAGAAGGCGACCAUAUACUCCCCUAACUUUUCUAUAUUAGAAUAGCGCCAAAAUUAGUUGUAUCAUUGCUGUUUUUUGACUUUUAAAUACUCUUAACUAAGCUAAAUCCGAAAAUUAUAUUCCAAACUACACUUUCUAUAUGUUCCUCGCUCCUUGGAAUGCCUCCAUUAAAUCAUUGCAAUUGCGGGCGUCUGCUUGUUGGAUCGGCAAUUAAUCCUUCCCUGCUGGGA